CGCAAAGCAGCAUCAGUUCCCACUUUCAAGCAACAUUCCGACUCAAAAUUCCAAGCUCCACAACCAAUCUGGUACCAAAUUUAACCACCUUUCUUCUUAAAAAUUCGAAAAUUUUCUUCAAUUUCAAUUCCUCUCCCGCCUCACAAUCUCAAAUAAAUUCAUCAAACUAACCUAUCGCUGAGCUUUCGAUUUGAUUUCUUCCAAGUCAUCAAUGGCGACGAGAAACCGAACGUCGCUAUUCAAGAAACACAGGGACGCAGUCAAAAGCGUGCGUGCUCCUUUAUCAUCGUCAGCUUCCGUUGCUUUAAACGGAGCGGUUAUCGAAAUGUCCAGCACUUCAUUUCUCCGUUCCAAACACUCCUCCUAUGCUCCACUCAGUACCCAAGAAGACGAUCCCGGUCCUUCUAGUAGUUCUGCCGAUGCAUUUACUAUUGGUCUGCCACCGGCAUGGGUGGACGAUACCGAAGAAAUGAAUGUGAAUAUCCAACGAAUUAGAGCUAAAAUGGCGGAAUUAGUUAAAGCUCACUCCAAGGCGCUAAUGCCUUCGUUCGGAGACGGUAAAGAUGAUCAGAGAUUGAUUGAGUCUCUUACGCGAGAGAUUACUGAUUUGUUGAGGAAAUCUGAGAAGAGGUUAAAGAAACUUUCUGUUACUGAGUCUACUGAGGAUUCUAAUGUUAGGAAAAAUGUGCAGCGUUCUCUUGCGGUACAACUUCAGAAUCUUUCAAUGGAUCUUCGGAGAAGACAGUCAAUGUAUCUUAGGCGUCUCCAGCAGCAAAAGGAGGGAAAUGAUGGGGUUGACUUGGAGUUAAACUUAAACGAGAACAAAUUUACAUAUGAAGAUGGUGAAUUCAGUGAUGUGGGUUUUAACGAUCACCAAAUGAGUAAGCUAAAGAAGAGUGAGCAAUUUACUAAGGAAAGGGAGAGAGAGAUCAAUCAGGUCGUGGCAUCAGUACAUGAGCUCGCACAAAUUAUGAAGGACCUAUCUGUCCUUGUGAUAGACCAGGGUACAAUUGUUGAUAGAAUAGACCAUAACAUUCAGAGUGUUGCUACAUCCGUAGAGGAGGGCUUUAAACAGCUACAGAAGGCGGAAAGGUCGCAGCAGAAAGGAGGAAUGGUGAAGUGUGCGACAGUGCUCGUUAUUAUGUGUUUCGUCAUGCUUGUUCUCUUGAUCCUCAAAGAGUUGUUUCUCUAAAGUUACCUGUAACCUCUGUUAUGUACAUCCAUAGGAAUCUAAUUCUGACUGCUAAUAUUUUAAAGAUAGCCCGGUUCAUGUUUCUGACCCAUUUUACAUUAGUUAGAUUUUUGUUAUAGUUCUGAUAUAACAUUCUAAAUUGAAUACAAAUUUGUUGUAACAGUUCUUUAUCGCAAUUUUUGCAAAUAUCCAAUAAAGUAUAUAGUUGGGUCUUGAAA